AUGAAUGGAGGAAUUUCAAAAUUUUAUCAAUGCUUUGUUCGGAAUGAUGUAGAUAAACUUCGUUACCUUGUAGAAGAAUUUGGAUUAGAAUUUCUCAAGAGAGAUGAAUUUUUGAUUCCCUGCAUUUCUUGUGAAAAUAAUUUAAUUAAUUGUACUAACAAGUCAUGUAUUCACGUUUGUGCCUAUUUCAAUUCUAUUGAAUGCUUAUUAUAUCUUUUUAGUUUAGGGUUUAAUCCUAAUUCUAAAGAUUCAACUGGUUUUUUACCUCUUCAUUUUGCAAUUUUUGGUGAAGCAGUUGAUGCAGUCGUAAUACUUCUUAGAUAUUGGAAUGACCCGAAUUCAAUACCAAUAAACACUAAUUUAUCUCCAUUAUUUAUUGCUGCAAGAAUGGGAAAUGUUAAAAUCAUUCAAAUUCUCUUCCAUUAUCAUGCAAUUUAUCCAAAUCCAAAAUAUUUAUCUCCUGCUUUAGAAGCAUUGCGUUGCAACAAAAACGAAGCAUUUAAAAUUCUUUUUAAGCAUGAAUGUGAUAAAUCUGUAACCAAUAAAAAGGAUUUUACUCCUUUAAUGCUUGCAAUUGCCAACAAAAUGGAUGAAGCAAUCAAUAUUUUAAUUGAAGAUAAUAAUGAUAUUGAUACUGUUUCAACAAAUGGAGUUUGCGCACUUUCAUUAGCUUGCCAAGACAGAAAUUUAAAGCUGAUUGAAAAGUUGAUCUUAAGAGGAUAUGCCUCGUUAUCAGUAAAAGCUGCAGGCGGAUCUUCUUUGAUUCAUUGGGCUGGUGCAACUUGCUCACCCGAAAUUUUGAAGUUUGUCAUUAAUUGCGGAGCAAAUGUUAUGGAUAGGACAGAUAGAGGUGAAUCUGCUUUAUCUUUUGUGUUGAGGUUUAUCCCUUCAAAUGAUAAGGAAAUUAAUGAUGUAAUCGAAUCAUUAAAGAUAUUACUUUCAAAUGGGCUGACAUUUAAUGAAAAAUUAAAUGAUGGAAGCGUUCCUUUACUAGAAUAUUUGAUCGACAAAUCGAAAAUCAAUGAAAAAAUAUUAAUAUUUAUACUUUCAACAAAUAUUAAUUUAGAAAUGCCCGUAUUUAACAGAACUCUUAAAUACUUUAUCCAAAGAAUGAAAUUUGGUAAGCUUCAAAAUCUUAUUGAUGAUUUUCUUUCAAAAACCAAAUAA